AUGGUGCGUGGAAUAUUCGACAAGAUGCCGCCGGAGAUCAAGCAUGUCUUUACUGAAUCUCACGAGCUCGGUGCCGACGCUCUCACCUUUCUGACAUCGGAGCACCGGCCGUGGCUUGGUGGGCGUUAUGUGAGCCUUAUCUGGGACAUGCAGGAGCUCGUCAUGAACGAGGAGGAGAUUGUCGAGAAGGAGAAGCUGUUCUUCCGCAUGGACAAAGAGGCCAGUCCGCCAGUCAGCGGAACCUCGGCCGCAGACAUGGACAGGGAACGCGACGUCACGCAAAACGAGCUCGUCGACGAGGUCUCCGGUCUUCUACCGACACGAUGGUGGUUCGCCAGCACGGCGUUCCCCUUGCUAGCUGGAACUCUGGGCCCCAUGGCGAAUGCCUUCAGCAUCUGCUCGCUCUCCCAGGACUGGAGGGCAGAGAUAGGCACCGUUGCAACGGGCCAGCUGCCUACUACAGUUAAGGACCCGUCAUGGGCCAUCGCGAUCAACUCCGUCUCGCUCGGGUUUGCCCUGAUUUCAAACCUGUCUCUGCUCUUGAACAUGGCAAGGCGAGUUCGCUUCUCCGUUAGCCAGCCUAUAACGAUAGGUGGCUGGUAUAUCGCCUCGGCCUUGCUGAUCGGGCUAACUAUCGCGAUGCCCCGAGUAACCGAUAUGCACAAUCGCCAGAUGACCCAGGCGUACUACUACGCUAUCAUGGCUGCUGCCGUCUACUUCUUCGUUUCCACUCUGUUGCUCGUUACAGUCUACGGCGCAAGGACGGGCCGCUACAGCAAGCAGUUUAACCUAACCACUAGUCAACGGUCAAUGAUGCUGCAGACUAUACUGUACAUGAUGUACCUGUUGAUAGGCGCCGCCAUAUUUUCUAAUAUAGAAAACUGGAGCUAUCUAGAUGCUGUGUAUUGGGCAGAUUUUACCCUACUUACAAACGGCAUCGGUGACCUUGCUCCCGCCACACAUCUUGGUCGCAGCCUUCUGUUUCCGUUUGGUGUAGGGGGCAUUCUCACCCUUGCCCUCGUCGUGAUGUCCAUCAGAUCGCUGAUGGUCGAGAGAGCGAGGACAUACCUGACUGCAAGGACGACGGAGAAGACAAGGACUGCUGUGGCAGGGCAGCUGCAAUCCGGAGAGCUGAAGAAACGAAUCCUUCGACCACUGGCGAGCCGACAUCAUACCCUGUCCGAAAAACAGCUCCAGCGUGAAGAGUUUCACCUGAUGCGCGAGAUACACAAGAACUGUGCCUGGCAGCUCCGGUGGCUCUCGCUAUUGAUCUCUGCUUGCGCGUGGGCUAUCCUCUGGCUGGUUGGCGCUGUUGCCUUCUGGAUGGCAGAACAAGACGCUGGCUGGACAUACUUUACGUCCAUCUAUUUCGCUUAUACAAACCUCCUCACUAUUGGCUACGGCGAUGUGACCCUGGGCCAAUCCUGGGGGAAACCUUUCUUCGUUUUAUGGUCACUGCUCGCAGUCCCAACAACCACUAUUCUCAUUUCAAGCAUGGGUGACACCGUCGCAAAAAUAUUCCACGAUGCCACCAUCUUUGCCGGCGAUCUGACCCUGUUCCCACAUGAGGCAGGUGUCAAAAAUAGGCUGCUCACCUUUCUUCGUGGCAUGGCUACGUCUAUCCGCCGUCGACACAGGGAGAUACCAAGCAAUGGCGAGGCGCCAGUAAAUGACCAUCCCCACGCCUAUCACUCUGCCUCAUUGAUGGAGAAGCUUGCCUCCCAUGACCCGGAACUUGAAGAUAUACACGUUCCUUCUCAAAGAUGGUGUGCCAUUGUUCAUGAACUAGGGAAGAUUUAUAAUGAUCUCUCGUGCGAUCCGCCGAAGCAUUAUACCCAUGAUGAAUGGUGCUUCUAUCUAGGCUUGGUGGGGUGUGCCGAAGGGUGUUCCCCUUUUACUCAAGCACAUCCAGACAAUAUUGAAGUAUCGAAGCUCGAGAGAGCUCGCCUACUGUCUGAGAAGCCGCCAGCUAUCAUUACUGGUGAAAAAUGGAGUUGGGUCGGAGUCAAAAGCCCACUAAUAGGGGACAGAAACGAAACCAAAUGGUUAUUCGAAGCCUUAUUAUUUACCCUUGAAGAGGAAGUAAAGUCCCAGUGCAACGCAUACCAGAAGAAGACGAGGUAG